AUGGAGAAGGGACACCCUUCUUCUUCUUCUCCUCCAACUGAUCAGUACACUGCAAUCCCAUCUCCUCCUCAUUCAUCUAGUGGUCAUGAAAGAAAAGCAGGAGGAUGGAGAUCUAUCAAGUACAUUCUUGGAAACGAAUCAUUCGAGAAGUUGGCUUCAAUGAGCUUGAUAGCAAAUAUCACAGUCUAUCUGAGCACUAAAUACAAUCUGAGUGGUGUAUUUUUAGUAACAGUGGUGAAUGUAUGGAGUGGCUUUUCAAAUUUUUCAUCUAUUGCUGGUGCUUUUGUUUCCGAUGCUUAUUUGGGCAAGUUCUACACUCUUCUCUGUGGCACCAUAGCUUCUCUUCUGGGCAUGGGGAUAAUAACACUAACUGCAGGCAUAAAGCUACUCAGACCAUCUCACUGCAAUCCGGAAUCGAAGAUAGAAUGCCCAAAGGCUCUAGAUUGGCAGCUGGGGAUCCUCUUUGCAGGCCUUGGCUUGUAUUCCAUUGGAGCUGGAGGAAUUAGGCCCUGCAACAUUGCCUUUGGUGCUGACCAAUUCGAUACAAGAACAGCCAAAGGAAAAGCUCAAAUGGAGAGCUUUUUCAAUUGGUGGUACUUUUGUUUCACCAUUGCCUUGAUUGUGGCCCUGACUAUUGUGGUUUACAUUCAAACUAGUGUGAGUUGGACUCUGGGAUUUGCUAUCCCCACUCUCUGCCUUGGCUUCUCCAUAUCCAUUUUCUUACUUGGUCGCCACACUUACAUCAACGUGAAGCCUCAAGGGAGUGUCUUUACAGACAUAUUGAAGGUGAUCGCAGCUGCCUGUAGAAAGCGCAGAAUCACUGUUGGACCAAUCCAGACAGAUGAGAACUCGUUUUACGAUCCCCCUUUCACUACAGUUUCGGAGUUGAAACUCCCUCGUACUGAGAGGUUCAAGAUUUUUGACAAGGCUGCUGUAAUCACUAGCGCAGAUGAGUUAGACAAUCAGGGCAAGCCUAGAAAUGACUGGAGGCUUUGUAGUGUGCAGCAAGUUGAGCAACUCAAGUGCUUAGUAGCAGUUUUGCCUGUUGGGGUUUCAGUGAUUGGAGCUUUUAUGACAAUGGACCAAAACAGCACAUUUGGGGUCCUUCAAGCUAUGCAAAUGGACAGAAGAUUUGGAGCACAUUUCUUGUUCCCACCAGGGUGGAUGAGCAUUGUUUCAAUGGUUGCACUUUCCAUAUGGAUCUACAUCUAUGAGAAGAUUUACGUUCCCCGGACAAGAAAAAUGACUGGAAAGGAUAAAAGGUUGAGUAUGAGGCAGAGAAUCAGGAUUGGCAUUGUCAUGUCAAUUUUUCUCAUGGUAGUAGCUGGGAUAGUUGAGAGACACCGCCGGAGUGCAGCCACAAUACAAGGCACGUUCAUUUCACCGACGAGGGUCACCUUACUUUUUCCCCAGUUCUGCUUGUCUGGAUUGACUGAAGCUUUUGCUGCUGUUGCCAUAAUGGAAUUCCUCACUAUGCAGUUGUCAGAGAACAUGAGAACGGUUGCUGGUGCAAUCUUUUUCCUUUGCCUCUCCAUUGCGAGCUAUAUAGGCUCGGCCAUCGUCAAUGCAGUCCAUUCUAUAACAGAGAAGACUAGUAAAUCACCAUGGUUGGGGAACCAUGAUCUUAACAAGAAUAAGCUUGACUACUACUAUUUUAUCAUAGCUGGUUUGGCAGCUCUAAAUUUGGUGUAUUUCAGUUUCUUUGCUACUCAUUAUGUGAUUGAUCCGAGGGUUGAGGAGAAAGCUGACCUCGAA